CGACGCGAUGCGACGUUGUGUCGACAUUGGGCAAAUUCCGUCUUGUCUAUUAUACCAAUAAACAAGAUUUACCGGUGGCGGCAUUUUACUGAUAUAAUUAUGUACUUAUGCUGAGAGACAUAAUAUGUAAUUGUACGUGGUUAUCAUAAAAUGUUGUGGUGUAAAACAAAUAAAUUAUAAUCAAUAAUAAAAUUAUAAACACGUAUAUCCUUGAGAUUUCAAGAUAAGAUAACAUAAAUUUUAUUUAAUACACGACACAAACAGAUUGGAGCCAUUUGUUAAUAUUAUUAAGUACCUAACGUAGCGAAGCGCGAACCAUGUCAGAUCACGAGCAAAUACUAAUCGAGCUACUAAACAAGAUAAUCGCCGAGCAAGCGCUCGUCGCUCCUCGAGUGAAGAUACACCCGAUCAGCAGCGGCGGAGCCAACUUCACCACCCAGCUGUUCCAGGCAACCAUCAGCCUCGGAGACAAUGAGCUGAAACUGUUCGCAAAAGUGGCAGCUGUCGGAGAAAAAUUCAGACAACAACUUCCAGAUUUCCGACUGUUUGAAACAGAAAAUGAUUUUUACACCAAACUUAUGAAAAUAUACGAAAACCUUCAAGAGAAGCACAAUGUGCCGCAAGACAAGCGGUUUGUAGCGCCGAAGUGUUACGGAUGCAGCGGGAAGCUGUAUGAAGAAGUCAUUGUGUUGGAGGACUUGUCGGCACAAGGGUUCACUGUGUACGACAGGAUGAAGUCGGUCGAUUGGGACUACGCCUCCAAGGCUGUGGAAGAAAUCGCUAAGUUCCACGCCCUAUCUUUCGCAUUUGAGAAUGAAAAUAAAGAAGAAUUUGACAAAUACUUGUCAGAAUUAACAUUUAAGUGGGAUUCAGAGAAUCCACAGUUCGACGAAAUAAUUCAAAAGGGACUCAGCGUUGUUAAGGAAGAAAAUAGAAGUAGACUAGAAGCGUUUUUAGCUACCUUUUCGUGGAAGAGUUUCGAUGAAAUAUCUAAACCAGCAAAAUUUACUGUACUAGCACAUUGCGACAACAGAGUUAGCAACCAAAUGUACAAAGUACACGAGGACGGUCGAGUAGAGGUCAAGAUUGUGGAUUAUCAGACCAUCCGAGGAGCGUCUCCGGCCCUCGACUUGCUGUACUUCAUCUUCUCUGGCACGGAUGAGAAGUUCCGCGCGGAGCACUACGACAGACUCCUCGACCACUACUACAAUAAGCUCAGCCUUGCCAUGAAGCGGCUGGGCCUCAACCCUGAUGAGAUCUAUUCGAGGGAGGACUUCAAUUUUGAAUACCAAACAAAACUUCCAUUCGGGUUGAGCUUGGCUGUUAUUACGCUGCCAUUGGUGACCAUAGAUGAGGAAAAUGCUCCCAAAGUGGACAAAGACUUGGAUAUAAACAACUUUGUGUUGGAUAAUACCAGCGAUGUCUUCUCAGAGCGACUUAAUGGUGUUGUCAAUGACUUUCUUCGAUGGGGAUUCCUAUGAUACCUUCAACUAAAUGAAAAACAGAUUUUCACCCACGAGCGGGGCGGCAGCACGAUAACAAUGUUUAUUUCCUUAUUGGUUGUUAUAAGUAGCACGACUAUUAGCGCUACUAAGUAGCAAAAAUGUACAACUCAAACACUCCCGCGCUCGCGAAAAAUAAUUUAUCCUAUGUAAAUACGCGUGGCGGCAAAGAAAGCGAGAGGCGCCUCGCCGGCGCAGGCAUGGGAUAUUUCAUUCAGCGGGUAUUUUUUGCAUGAUUCGGGUGUGUCUCGGUGUAUGUACAUUGUUGUAAUACUUUUUAAAUUAUAUGUAAUAUUUUUUAUAUUAUGUUUUAUUAUAGUUAUAUGUUAAGUUUGCG